AUGCAGCAUGUCUUACUUUCUUUAAUCUUGUUCACUCCUCUUUUUUCUUCUUUCUUUCUUUCUUUCUUUCUUUCUUUCUUUCUUUCUUUCUUUCUUUCUUUCUUUUCCCGACUCUUUCUCUUUUGUAGGCUUCUUCAUUAUACUACUCUUUUUCUUCUGCUUUUUGUUUUUUUUAAUUUUCUUCCCCGUUCUCUUUUAUUUCGUUCUUUCUUUUUUCUUUCUUUCACCUUCUUCUUCCCCGUUCUCUUUUACUUGAUUCUUUCUUUUUUCUUUCUUUCACCUUCUUCCCUAUUCUCUUUUAUUUCGUUCUUUCUUUUUUCUUUCUUUCACCUUCUUCUUCCCCGUUCUCUUUUAUUUCGUUCUUUCUUUUUCUUUCUUUCACCUUCUUCCUAUUCUCUUUUUAUUUCGUUCUUUCUUUUUCUUUCUUUCACCUUCUUCUUCCCCGUUCUCUUUUAUUUCGUUCUUUCUUUUUUUCUUUCUUUCACCUUCUUCCCUAUUCUCUUUUAUUUCGUUCUUUCUUUUUUCUUUCUUUCACGUUCUUCCCUAUUCUCUUUUAUUUCGUUCUUUCUUUUUUCUUUCUUUCACCUUCUUCUUCCCCGUUCUCUUUUAUUUCGUUCUUUCUUUUUUCUUUCUUUCACCUUCUUCCCUAUUCUCUUUUAUUUCGUUCUUUCUUUUUUCUUUCUUUCACCUUCUUCUUCCCCGUUCUCUUUUAUUUCGUUCUUUCUUUUUUCUUUCUUUCACCUUCUUCCCUAUUCUCUUUUAUUUCGUUCUUUCUUUUUUCUUUCUUUCACCUUCUUCUUCCCCGUUCUCUUUUAUUUCGUUCUUUCUUUUUUCUUUCUUUCACCUUCUUCCCUAUUCUCUUUUAUUUCGUUCUUUCUUUUUUCUUUCUUUCACCUUCUUCUUCCCCGUUCUCUUUUAUUUCGUUCUUUCUUUUUUUUUCUUUCACCUUCUUCCUAUUCUCUUUUAUUUCGUUCUUUCUUUUUUUCUUUCUUUCACCUUCUUCUUCCCCGUUCUCUUUUAUUUCGUUCUUUCUUUUUUCUUUCUUUCACCUUCUUCCUAUUCUCUUUUUAUUUCGUUCUUUCUUUUUCUUUUCUUUUCACCUUCUUCUUCCCCGUUCUCUUUUAUUUCGUUCUUUCUUUUUUCUUUCUUUCACCUUCUUCCCUAUUCUCUUUUAUUUCGUUCUUUCUUUUUUCUUUCUUUCACCUUCUUCCCUAUUCUCUUUUAUUUCGUUCUUUCUUUUUUCUUUCUUUCACCUUCUUCUUCCCCGUUCUCUUUUAUUUCGUUCUUUCUUUUUUCUUUCUUUCACCUUCUUCCCUAUUCUCUUUUAUUUCGUUCUUUCUUUUUUCUUUCUUUCACCUUCUUCUUCCCCGUUCUCUUUUACUUGAUUCUUUCUUUUUUCUUUCUUUCACCUUCUUCCCUAUUCUCUUUUAUUUCGUUCUUUCUUUUUCUUUCUUUCACCUUCUUCUUCCCCGUUCUCUUUUAUUUGGUUCUUUUUUUCUUUCUUUCACCUUCUUCCCUAUUCUCUUUUAUUUCGUUCUUUCUUUUUCUUUCUUUCACCUUCUUCUUCCCCGUUCUCUUUUAUUUGGUUCUUUCUUUUUUCUUUCUUUCACCUUCUUCCCUAUUCUCUUUUAUUUCGUUCUUUCUUUUUUCUUUCUUUCACCUUCUUCUUCCCCGUUCUCUUUUAUUUCGUUCUUUCUUUUUUCUUUCUUUCACCUUCUUCCCUAUUCUCUUUUAUUUCGUUCUUUCUUUUUUCUUUCUUUCACCUUCUUCUUCCCUAUUCUCUUUUAUUUCGUUCUUUCUUUUUUCUUUCUUUCACCUUCUUCUUCCCUAUUCUCUUUUAUUUCGUUCUUUCUUUUUUCUUUCUUUCACCUUCUUCUUCCCGUUCUCUUUUAUUUCGUUCUUUCUUUUUUUUCUUUCACCUUCUUCUUCCCCGUUCUCUUUUAUUUCGUUCUUUCUUUUUUUUUUCUUUCACCUUCUUCUUCCCUAUUCUCUUUUAUUUCGUUCUUUCUUUUUCUUUCUUUCACCUUCUUCUUCCCUAUUCUCUUUUAUUUCGUUCUUUCUUUCUUUCUUUUUUCACCUUCUUUUCUUUCUUUUUAUUUCGUUCUUUCUUUUUUCUUUCUUUCCCGUUCUCUUUUUAUUUUAUUUCUUUCUUUUUUCUUUCUUUUCACCUUCUUCCCUAUUCUCUUUUUAUUUCGUUCUUUCUUUUUCUUUCUUUCACCUUCUUCUUCCCCGUUCUCUUUUUUAUUUCGUUCUUUCUUUUUCUUUCUUUCACCUUCUUCCCUAUUCUCUUUUAUUUCGUUCUUUCUUUUUUUCUUUCUUUCACCUUCUUCUUCCCGUUCUCUUUUAUUUUCGUUCUUUCUUUCUUUUUUUUUCUUUCUUUCACCUUCUUCUUCCCUAUUCUCUUUUAUUUCGUUCUUUCUUUUUUCUUUCUUUCACCUUCUUCUUCCCCGUUCUCUUUUUUAUUUCGUUCUUUUCUUUUUUCUUUCUUUCACCUUCUUCUUCCCGUUCUCUUUUAUUUCGUUCUUUCUUUUUUCUUUCUUUCACCUUCUUCUUCCCCGUUCUCUUUUUAUUUCGUUCUUUUUUUUUUUUCUUUCACCUUCUUCUUCCCCGUUCUCUUUUUAUUUCGUUCUUUCUUUUUCUUUCUUUCACCUUCUUCCCUAUUCUCUUUUAUUUCGUUCUUUCUUUUUCUUUCUUUUUCACCUUCUUCUUCCCCGUUCUCUUUUAUUUCGUUCUUUCUUUUUAUUUUUCUUUUUUUUCACCUUCUUCUUCCCUAUUCUCUUUUAUUUCGUUCUUUCUUUUCUUUCUUUCACCUUCUUCUUCCCGUUCUCUUUUAUUUCGUUCUUUCUUUUUUUUUCUUUCACCUUCUUCCCUAUUCUCUUUUAUUUCGUUCUUUCUUUUUCUUUCUUUCACCUUCUUCUUCCCCGUUCUCUUUUUAUUUCGUUCUUUCUUUCUUUUUCUUUCUUUCACCUUCUUCUUCCCUAUUCUCUUUUAUUUCGUUCUUUCUUUUUCUUUCUUUCACCUUCUUCUUCCCGUUCUCUUUUAUUUCGUUCUUUCUUUUUCUUUCUUUCACCUUCUUUCUUCCCUAUUCUUUCUUUUAUUUCGUUCUUUUUUUUUCUUUCUUUCACCUUCUUCUUCCCCGUUCUCUUUUAUUUCGUUCUUUCUUUUUCUUUCUUUCACCUUCUUCUUCCCCGUUCUCUUUUAUUUCGUUCUUUCUUUUUUCUUUCUUUCACCUUCUUCCCUAUUCUCUUUUAUUUCGUUCUUUCUUUUUUCUUUCUUUCACCUUCUUCUUCCCCGUUCUCUUUUUAUUUCGUUCUUUUUUUUUUUCUUUCUUUCACCUUCUUCCCUAUUCUCUUUUAUUUCGUUCUUUUUUUUUUUUCUUUCACCUUCUUCUUCCCCGUUCUCUUUUUAUUUCGUUCUUUCUUUCUUUUUUUUUUCUUUCACCUUCUUCUUCCCUAUUCUCUUUUAUUUCGUUCUUUCUUUUUUUUCUUUUCACCUUCUUCUUCCCCGUUCUCUUUUAUUUCGUUCUUUCUUUUUUUUUUUUCACCUUUUCUUCCGUUUCUCUUUUAUUUCGUUCUUUUCUUUUUUCUUUCUUUCACCUUCUUCUUCCCCGUUCUUUUUUAUUUCGUUCUUUCUUUUUCUUUCUUUCACCUUCUUCUUCCCCGUUCUCUUUUUUUAUUUUUUCUUUUUUUUUUUCUUUCACCUUCUUCCCUAUUCUCUUUUAUUUCGUUCUUUCUUUUUUCUUUCUUUCACCUUCUUCUUCCCCGUUCUCUUUUAUUUCGUUCUUUCUUUCUUUUUUCUUUCUUUCACCUUCUUCUUCCCUAUUCUCUUUUAUUUCGUUCUUUCUUUUUUCUUUCUUUCACCUUCUUCUUCCCCGUUCUCUUUUAUUUCGUUCUUUCUUUUUUCUUUCUUUCACCUUCUUCUUCCCCGUUCUCUUUUAUUUCGUUCUUUCUUUUUUCUUUCUUUCACCUUCUUCUUCCCCGUUCUCUUUUAUUUGGUUCUUUCUUUUUUCUUUCUUUCACCUUCUUCCCUAUUCUCUUUUAUUUCGUUCUUUCUUUUUUCUUUCUUUCACCUUCUUCUUCCCCGUUCUCUUUUAUUUCGUUCUUUCUUUUUUCUUUCUUUCACCUUCUUCUUCCCCGUUCUCUUUUAUUUCCUUCUUUCUUUUUUCUUUCUUUCACCUUCUUCCCCGUUCUCUUUUAUUUCCUUCUUUCUUUUUCUUUUUUUCUUUUUUCUUUCUUCCUCUUCUUUCGUUCUUUAUUUCCUUCUUUCUUUUUCUUUCUUUCACCUUCUUCCCCGUUCUCUUUUAUUUCCUUCUUUCUUUUUUCUUUCUUUCACCUUCUUCCCCGUUCUCUUUUAUUUCCUUCUUUCACCUUCUUCCCCGUUCUCUUUUAUUUCCUUCUUUCUUUUUUCUUUCUUUCACCUUCUUCCCCAUUCUCUUUUAUUUCCUUCUUUCUUUUUUCUUUCUUUCACCUUCUUCCCCGUUCUCUUUUAUUUCCUUCUUUCACCUUCUUCCCCGUUCUCUUUUAUUUCCUUCUUUCUUUUUUCUUUCUUUCACCUUCUUCCCCCCUCUUUUCUUUUUUAAUACAUUUCAUUCAUUCCUCAACGUUUUCAGUUUUAACUUCGUUCAAUCCAUUCUUGUUCGUCUAUUUCCGCAUUCCGUUUUCUUCUAAGCAUUCCGUUUUAUUAUUUACCCUCUUUUUUUCUCCGCUUUACAUCCUGUGA